CUGUUUACAAAACGUUAUCUUUUAAUGACCAGUAAUUGCACUUUAACAGAUUAACAGUAUACGAGCCUAAUUUUUACGCAAAUUUAAAUUUUUUACUAUGAAAGUCUUAGUUUUUAUUUAUUUCUUCGGUAUUUUCUUAAUUUCACAAAAUAAAUGUGCCCGAAUUUUAUGUGUUUUUCAAAUGCCCGCAGUGAGCCAUCAAGCGACCUUCAAGCCCAUUUCUAGGACACUUUCCUUACGUGGUCAUAAAGUAGUUGCGGUGACCCCACAUCCAAUAAACGACUCAAAUUUAACGAAUUUAACGGAAAUAGAUACCAGCAAAGAAACUUACGAGAUCAUAUUCAGACAUGGAUUUGAAUUUUUUAUGUCUAAAGAGGACCCAGUUCACCACAAAAUCCCAAAAAUAUUUGCUAUGUACGACGAAUUCGCACACGCGAUCCUCAACAACUCGCAAUUCAAAAAAAUUUGUAACGACCCCAAUCAAAAAUUCGACUUAAUAAUUUCGCAGAUCUAUGUGAGCCCGAUUAUGUUUGCUUUAGGGGCAAAAUUGAAAGCACCUAUCGUAGGGGUGUCUUCUAUGGGGGGUUGGCAAGGAACUCACAUUGCUGCAGGGAAUCCCAAUCCGCCCGCCUUGUAUUCUGAGAUGUUUCUACCUUACAAUGGAGAGCUGACAUUUUAUGAAAGAUUGAAGAGUACCCUUUACUUCAUAUGGUCCAGACUCUACGUUUAUUGGGUAGCAAUGCCCAGGUGUGACAAAAUCGCUAAACAAUACCUAGGAGAGGACUUGCCAUACUUAGCAGACCUUGAAAGAAACGUCAGCGCUAUUUUUUUGAAUAUCAACCCAAUUUUGUACACUCCUAGGCCAAUGGUACCAACAGUUAUACCCAUGAGUUUUAUGCACAUACAAAAACCAAAACCCUUACCAGAGGACAUAAGAGAGAUAAUAGAAACUGCCAAAAAUGGGGUGAUAUACUUUAGUCUAGGUUCAAACGUGAAAAGUGUCAACAUUCCACAAAGGAUCAGGGGUUUGUUAAUGGAAGCAUUUGCUGAACUGCCUUAUAAGGUGCUAUGGAAGUUUGAAAAGGAAGAGUUGCCCGGGAAGCCAGAUAAUGUUGUUAUAAGGAAAUGGUUGCCUCAGCAAGAUAUUUUAGCUCAUCCGAACAUCAAAGCUUUUAUCAGCCAAUGCGGUCUUCAGUCAACAGAAGAGGCAAUAGAUCGAGAAAUGCCUAUGGUAGGAAUCCCAUUUAUUGCCGAUCAAGAAAUGAACAGCGUAAGACUGGCCAAAUGGGGCGUCUUACGCCAUGUUGACUAUCUAAACACGACCAAAGAAGAGUUGGUGAGAACCAUUAAAGACGUGGCCGAAAAUCCCUCCUAUAGGUCAAAUAUGAAGAACUUGCGCGCGCUCUUACAAGACGAGCCAAUGACGAGUCUGGAUAGAGUCACGUGGUGGGCUGAGUACGUUAUACGUCAUCGGGGAACAAGGCAUUUAAGAAGUCCGACAAUUGAUAUAGAGUGGCACAAAUAUUUAUUGCUUGAUGUUUUUGUUGUGUUAAUUGGCGUGCCCGCUUUAUUAUUGCUUUUAAUUUUCAGAUUUGUUUUCGGGAAAAAAAGUAUAAAAAUGAAAAAAGAAUAGAAUUUCUGAAGAAUUGUAAAAAAAUAAAGUAAAAUUUUAUUGUGCCAAGGA